GCAAUUUCCAAAAGGAUAUAGCUGAAAUUCUUGCCAACCCAAUCUUUUUGCUUGCACAAGCCUACCAUUUCCUUAGCCAAUUUUUGUACAAUGGCUCAUUUGGCAAACUUAAAUGGAGUAUCUGAAACACUGCCAGCCAUACCAAGGCUUCCAGGCAUACAAAGGACCCAAAAGAGAGUGAGCAUUGUUGGCUUUAUAGGCAAGAAAAGAGAUGAUCUUCAGGAACAGCCACUACAAACUACAAGAAGACUAGCAUUAGGCCUUGCCUCUAUUGCACUUGUUGGGAACUCCUGCAAUGGAGUCUCUCUUGCUGAGGGCAACGGGUUCUGGAUCGACGGCCCUCUGCCCGUGCCUUCUGCUGAAAAUAAAAUUGCAAAUGAGAAGACGGGGACUCGUUCUUUUCUGAAAAAGGGACUCUACAUGGCAAACAUUGGAACCAAAGGGAGGAAGUUUAGGCUUAAGAAGUAUGCAUUUGAUCUCCUGGCAAUGGCAGAUUUGAUUGCACAAGAUACCCUAAACUAUGUUAGACGGUUCCUGCGGCUAAAAUCCACAUUCAUGUACUUUGAUUUCGACCAAGUUAUCUCUGCAGCACCAGUCGAUGAGAAACAACCUCUCACUGAUCUUGCUAAUAGAUUGUUCGACACCGUAGAAAAGCUUGAUGGCGCUGUGAAGCAACGCAACCUAUCUGAGACUGAAUCGUAUUAUAAAGACACAACAGUUAUUCUCCAGGAGGUCAUGGAUCGAAUGGCAUGAAACUCCAAAUAUGUCCCUCUGAUAAGAGCAAAAUUAGUUGAACUGCACAUUUCUAUCAGUUUCAAAGUUCACUCUUUGUCAUAUUGAAUUUGCAAAUGUAAAAGCAGAUAACUUGUACAUGACAAAAAGGCUGAGGUAUGAGCCUUCAAGAUUAUCGCUAUGAGAAUGCACUCUAUUUUUUGCUUCUA